CAAGCAAACCACUUCUGAAGAUGCAAGCCACUCGUGCUUGCGAAACGUCAAGAAUAAAUUCUCGUCGGUCGGUAGAAUUUCCCCAUUAGUUUCAAGGAAUGGCCUCGAAAGUCUAUCUCUUUUGAUUAGAAGAAGAAUGUUUGGUCAUUUAGCCAUUUGCCUCAGUUGAGGGAUCCGCCAUUGCCCCAAUCAGAUUUUAUUAGGUUUUAGUUGAUUUUUGCGGCAAUUUCGCACAUUAAACCAUUCAGUUAUCGGCAGGUUGGGGGAAGAUUGUUUGUUGACGAUCUUUAUAUAAAUGUGUAAUAAGUCAAUUGUCUUCAAGAAAUGACAUGUGAUUGACGUUUCACUGAUUUGGCCAAUGAGAGCACUUUUUGGGGCUUGAAACGGUGCGAAUUGCAGUGUUGCUCAGUUUCCUUUACCUAACUAAGUAACCGGUUUUGACUUAACUACAUUUAGUUAUAGACACUAAUGUUCAAAUAGGUCAUGUGUAACGUUCAGCAGCAAAUACAUAUGUACAAGUGGUAAUUUCUAGCUAGACAUGUAUGUAACAAUGUAUAAAUUGUACACAAAACGUUAUGGAAAAUAGAAAAUUUGACUGAUAUUUUCCAGGGCCCUUUUCAAGUGUUUGGGUGACUAUCUGAUUUUUCCAAACCUAACAGUCACUUUAUUUCAGAUAUUGCAACGCCCCAGUAUUUGAUAUAAUUUAAUGUGGAAAGCAUCGGCAGAACGGGACGCAAAGCUACUCAAACUGGUUUCAGACUUUUGACGAGCAAAAUGCGCCCCAUUUGUGCCGGGCUUGUUUGGGGAUGUCCCCCCACAUGAAGCCCCUUCUGGACGGCUCCGAGGAAUCAAACGCUUUGCUCGGCAAGCUUCUCCAGAUCCUGGACAUUGAGGUGAGGGACUUCAAGCCCAAAUAUGCCAGGAGUUUGUGUAAAGUUUGCGAAGAUAAAGUGGAAAUGGUCGCCGCCUUUACUGAGCAAUGCCGCCAGGCCGCCGCUGUGAUUGAGCAAUUCUCAGUGAACUCUGCAGUUCGUUCUGCUGAGUCUGAUUGUCCAGAACGACGGAAACAGUCAACUAAUGAGGCAGCAGGUUGCGAACAGGAUUUGAAUGUAGAAAGAGAACCUGCAGCUUCAGGCCCCGAACGUGAAGACGCCAAGACGCACACAGCCGUUCAAAGAUACAAGCUGAAACAGUACAGCUUUGAGGACGUGGCCAGGGCAAUCAGAGUGGCGCGUCUUCAGCUCUAUAAGCAAGUCGAUUGCGCCCUGUGCCGCUUUGUUGCCGUCUCUAGCCGCAGUCUAAGCGCCCACAUCACCCGCGUGCAUCCCGAGGUGAAGGGCAAAUGGUGCUCAAAGUGCAACCAGCCCUUUGAGGAUCUGCAGGAGCACCACUCUGAGGCACACCGGGAGGACUUGAAGUGCCCAUUUUGCUCACGGAUUCAGUCCAACAUGGGCCAUUUCGUCGAGCAUCUGGCCAGUCAUUCAGGUGAGCGACUGCACAAGUGCCCUCAAUGCAGCAAAUCGUUCAUCUCGCUCAGGCACCUGCAGGCGCACAAGAUGUCACACGAAAAGGUGAAGCCUCCACUCAACCAAAGAACUGAAGAACCGCAAAACUACUGCAAAACGUGCGAGAAAAAGGUGCGCAGCCUGGCACAUCAUAGUCGAAAAUAUCACGGCGCUAAUGCCAUCGAUCCAAAGAUGAAAUUGUGCCCUUAUUGCGGGAAACAAGUUCGUUCUAACAAACUGAUGAUCCAUCAGAGGACUCACACGGGUGAAGCGCCUUAUCAGUGCCAGUUUUGCGAUAAAAGGCUGAAAAGCCGCAACAUUCUGGUGGUUCACGAACGCACCCAUACAGGCCUGAGGCCCUACACGUGCCAAGUGUGUGGAAAGAGCUUUGCCCAGUCCAGCGUGCUGAACACCCAUCGGAAAAUCCACACUGGCAAGCUCGAGCAAUGCUCCAUUUGCUGCAAGCGGUUCUGCAGGCCGGUUGAACUGCGGUUGCACUUGCGCUCGCAUACUGGUGAAAAACCGUAUGUAUGCCAACUGUGCGGGCAGGGCUUCAAGCAAAGCAGCCACUUGGUGGAGCAUAAGCGGAAACAUUCGAGCUUCCGGCCAUUCAAGUGCGAUGUUUGUCAGAAAUCGUUCAAAAACUUCAGCACGCUUAAGGGCCAUUUGCGAAUCCACACCGGCGAGAAACCGUUCAAGUGUUCGCAGUGCUCGUAUGCGGCGCGACAAGCCUACAUGUUGACGCAGCACAUGCGGCAACACGCGCAUUCCUGCCAGCAAAUUUUCUCUACUGGGGCUCACUUGGAGGCUCAUCGGAGCAGGUAAUCAGCAGGUUUAGGCGCGGUUUUCCCAGGCACGCGAAGCUUCCAAGCUUCAGCGUUCCGGAUGGCUCCAGAAGGGGGGCCAGGGCUGACCGCAGUGAAGGCAGUUAUUAGUGCGAUCGAGAUCACGAUGGCUUCGUCAGUCUGGAAGAAUUGACGGCUUUCAUCAAAACCACUGAGCAGGUGCCAAGUUCGGCACCGUUGACGCCGAUCAUCAUCAACAAUUACGAGCGCUUCGAUCAGAACCAUGACAAUCGGCUGGACUUUGAAGAAUUCGUCGAAAUGAUCACCAACGACACCUUCUUGAAAGACUUUACCAAUCUGGGAAAUCGGUACGUGAAAUUCCUGGUGGUGCCCGUAUGUCGCACGAAGCGCAUCACCAAGGUGCAACUGCAACGGAUGCACACCAUCACUGGCAUGUACGAGAACGAGGUCAAAUUCAAAGCGACGGACAUCGGGAUGAUCAUGCUGUCCCUCAUCCAGAUCAUUCUAUUCUACACCAGCUUCAAAGACCAGCUGGUGUUCAAGCA